GAUUAGCUUAGACAAGCCAACAAUCUGUCUUAUAUAAGUCUGUACAAAUUAUAAUGGAAACAGAACAAGUAACUUGUGUAGAUCAUGUUUUCUUUUGAUUGUCAUAGGGUCUCGUACCUUCUUACACAUGUCGGUGUUUUCUUGACGCAUAAGGUUUACCUUUUCGCAUAGCUCCAUAUUUUCCUGCUGAAUGAUAUUCCCCUGUAAAAAGGAAAUGGUAAUAGAACUAACAUAGUAAGAUUUUGCUAUCUUCUUUUCAGUUAAGAAUAUAUAAGGAAGGUAAUAAUCUUGUAAAGGACCUUGUGGAUUGGUUUAGGGAGAAAGUUGAUUUGAUUCUUAAAGAAGGCCAUGAUAAUAUCCAGGACCAUAUGUUGUGGUUAUCAAAAGGUCCCUCUCAUGUUGCCAAAAAGCACACAGGGUACUCAGUUAACGGCUAUAGGUUUCAUACCAUGAAGCGAGAUGCAAAUUGCGUAACUCAAAACAGUGGCGUCACUCUAAUAGCCACUACACAUAGCUUUGCAAGCUCCAAAGAUCAAAAUCCUAUUGUGGGAAAUGUUAAUUAUUUUGGAUCAGUAACAGAAAUCAUUGAGAUAUCCUAUCAUGGUCAUUUCAGUGUUGUCUUAUUUAGAUGUCAAUGGUUUCACUCAGAAAAGGAUGAUGAUGAGCUCAUUACGGUUAAUAUGAAUAAGACCGUUUCUAAAGAAGAACCUUUGAUCUUAGAAAAUCAAGCACAUCAAGUGUUUUAUGUAGAAGAUUUGAAUAGAGAAGGGUGGCAUUAUGCUAUUCAAAUCCCUCCUAGAGAGUUUUCAGAUGAUGAAACGGAGUAGACCCAAAGUUGCUGCUUCCAAAUAUCAGCUUACGGAAUAUGAGCUGCAACGGCUUCAAAAACUGAAAGUCAAUGCAGAAAGAAUGGAAGCCCUAGGAUCGGCAUCUCUUGCUAAUAAGAUACUUGAAGACAAAACAAAAGCCUUAUUUUGUCCAAGUGCAAUGCUGAAUAGUACACCAGAAAAUGAGGAUGAUGCCUCUAUGUCGGAAUAUGAUGGUGAAAAUGAGGUUGAAACUGACAAUCUCACUUCUGGAAAAAGAAAAUCCAGUAAACAGGUUUCAAAGCAAGUAAAUAAAUCAUCACUUCGCCCCAAAACUAUGGCUGAUGUUGUGGAAGUGAAUAGCCGUAAGAAGCAUGCAGUUGAUGAAGUUCAGAACAUUCAAUCACUUAAGGUUGCUAGAGUUCAAGAUCAAUGCAUCCAAAAGAAGGAGCAAGUUAUCUCAGAAAAGAAGGGAUCAAAACGAGCGUUCUGUUCUCCUGGUUCCAUGUCAGCGUACUUCGAGUUUCGGAAAAAGCAAAAAGAAAAUAAUGAAGCGUUUGUAGCUAGUAAUCAGUCAUUGAAUGAUUCUCUUACAAGAAACACAAGGAUUUGUGGCGCUGCAUUUAAUGAGAAUGACAAUGAUGAUGCGGAUGCACUAAGUAGGUGGCUUGAUGAAGCGGAUGCACUGAAUGAGAAUGAUGAUGGUGUUGGUGAUGAAUAUGAAGGUGUUCAACAAAUACAAGAUGAAGUUCUAUCUAACUAUGGAAGGGAAGGAAUGCAAGAACCAGAAAAAGAACCUGAAAAAGCUCCUAACAGAAAAAGGCAUCGAGGUCCAACAAUGCUACCCAAGGUUCAUGCACGAACAAGAGACGAGCGUGAAGUUAUUAUUUUAAACUCACUUGGCCAACCAGUUGGACCUACACGGGAAAUUGUUCAGGAGUUCAAGCAAUUCUUAGGUACUGUGGCAAGGGAUUCUGAACUUGCACCACUAAAUUAUAUUAACUUUCCAAGUCUACCCACACUUGACAAAAUGUGGGAGUAUGUCCAAGAAAAAUAUAUGGUUCCUGAAGCUGGAAGAGAAUGGGUGACGCUGGAAAGCUCAUAAAUGCUUUACUAAGAGGAACUACUUCUCUGCAUAUCCCACUGAUGCUUUACGAUGGUUUCAUAAGCCAGACACAAUUUCAGAACCUCAAUUUAGAGAGCUUUUGCAAUACUGGCAUUCUAAAGAGGCUGAGGUAUUAUGUAUAUGGUUUUGAGCUGGUUUUGUGCAAUAUUGACAUAGUUUCAUGACAAAAAAAGUCACUCUUUCAGUUUACUGUUUUUAUGAUCGCCUUUGUUUCCGGAGUUGUUUUUACUUUGCAAGCUACUAUUUACUUGCAUAGCCUGAUAUAGAUUAUGUCUUGCUUGGGUUAUGAGGCCUGAUAUAGACUAUUUACAUGAUUUUUGCUACCAUCUUUCCUAUUGUAUUAAUAGUAGAAAGUAGAUACUUAUUCGAUAUUUUACGUGGUUCAAAUUUAGUUUAAUUAUAUUUCUUUUAUUUUUUUCAAUUUUACGUGUAGGUGAAUGGGGAGUCAAAUGGAGCGGAAGUAUAGUGACUAGCCAUCUAACAAAUGGUGCAUAUAUGUUGGCGACUCUUAUUCAAGUUCCAGCUUUGUGAAGAUUUGGAUAUUUCGGCUUAUAUAUAUGUUGACAAUUUGUAUUUUGGACGAUCAAAUGAAUUAUCUAACUUUUAUUUAUUAUUAGUACGGUACGUAUGUCAUACCAAAAAUAGGCAAGUAAUAUUUUGUAAUGUACGUAUUUUGCAUUAUAAUUAUUAUAUAUAAAUGAUACUUUAAUUUGUUUAUGUUAGUAUAUUUAGAUUUGUACCGACUAAUUAAUAUUAUAUUACCAUUCACCCAACAAAAAAAAAAAAA